AUGUCAGCCAGAGGGAGGCCCCGAAGCCUCCAUCUGCGCCAUGUGUGCUCCUCCAAUCGACAGCAGCGCCGGCUGCUGAAUCACUUUGUCUCCAAAACUCCUGAACCCCCCCAGGAACAAACCCCACCGUUUCGCUUCACCCUCGCAGUAAAGGACAACAUCGCGACCAUGGAUAGCUCCCAACCGACAACAUGCGCCUCGCCCUUUCUCUCCACCUACCACUCCCCCUUCGAAGCAACCAUCGUCUCCCAGCUCCGCGCCCGGGGCGCCCGCGUCGUCGGCAAGACCAACCUCGAUGAAUUCGGCAUGGGCAGCCACAGCACGCACUCGGCGUUUGGAGCCGUCGCGCAACAACCAGCACAACCACCACCACAACAUCAAGCCAACCACCACCACGACGGUCCUGCUCCUCCUCCUUCUUCUUCCCAAGAAGCGUCGUCCCCGUUGUUAUUAUUAUCCGCGGGCGGCAGUUCCGGCGGCAGCGCCGUCGCCGUGGCCGCGGGCGAGGCCGACGUGGCGUUGGGCACCGACACGGGCGGCUCGGUGCGCCUGCCUGCCGCCUACUGCGGCGUGGUCGGGUACAAGCCGUCGUACGGCAUGCUAUCGCGGUUUGGCGUCGUGCCGUAUGCUAACUCGCUCGAUACCGUCGGGUUGCUGGCUAGGGGCGUGGGCAGGAUUCGGGAGUUGGUCAUUGGAGGCGGGGGAGUAGGGGUGCGGUCUGAUGGUGGUGGUGGUGGUAGAGGGUUAUGGGAGGAGCAUGAUGCGUUGGAUCCGACUAGUCUCUCGGCGGCUGCGAGGAGGAGGUGCGCGAGGGGAAGGGAGGGGUAUGAUAAUACCUCUGGGUGGUGGAAGGAGAGAAGGGCAGGCAUUGGUGGGGAGGUGUUGAAGGGGCUUCGGUUUGGGAUACCGUUGGAGUACAAUAUCGAGGAGCUGGAUUCGAGGAUACGAGACGCCUGGGCCGAGACGGCCAGGACGCUUCAGGACGAGUUCGGCGCGCGCGCGGUGCCCGUCUCGCUGCCUUCGACACGGCACGCGCUGGCGGCCUACUACGUGGUUGCCCCUGCCGAGGCGUCGUCCAAUCUCGCAAAGUAUGACGGAAUCCGGUACGGCGCAAGGGAUACGGAGGCCGCGAGCGAUUCCCUCGGCGGUGUUCUCUACGCGGCGAAUCGCGGCAAGGGCUUCGGAGACGAGGUCAAGCGGCGCAUUCUGCUGGGCUCGUACACGCUCAGCUCCGAGGCCAUGGACAACUACUUUAUCAAGGCGCAGCGGGUGCGCCGGCUGGUGCGCAAGGAUUUCAACCGCGUCUUUGCGCUUGAAAAUCCGCUUCACGAGAGGGAAACGUUCGAUCUUACCGAUCUCAAUGAGAGCAUCGACAUGGAAGACAAAUGGGGCCCAGAAGAGGUCGACUUCUUAUUGUGCCCUACUGCACCAGCGCUGGCACCGAGGCUGGAGCAUGUCAUGAACCAGACGCCGCUGGAUGCCUACAUGAAUGAUGUUUUCACUGUCCCUGCAAGCCUGGCGGGACUGCCAGCGAUCAGCAUCCCGAUGCCCGUCGCAUCGAGAACGGCAGGAGAUGCUGUCGAGAACGCUGCCACAGCAGGGCUGCAGCUAAUCGGGCAAUAUUGGGACGACGCCAGGCUGCUUGCAGUAGCGGAUGCGGUGUUGCAGACUCUC